AUGGGAGUCCAGAAGCACAGCAUGCUAAUCUCUUCCAAGCUCCGGAAACCCAGGCUCCGCAACCAGCCUUCAGCCCUGAUCUCUGAUACCAUCCGCCAUCCGGUUCCACUGGCUGAGUCUCCGAAGAAGACUGCAGAGGGGGAGUUCCCUAAUGCACAAUUCGCUGUGGACGAGCAGAGCAUUUCCCUCUGGCCCUCAGAGCCUCCUCCCAAGCGAAGUCUGUCUCUGAUUUUGGAGAAAACACUCACAGUCAGCACUGCAUUGAUCUGCAUGACACUGGUCCUGGUCCUCACAAUUCUUUAUCCCAGGUUUAUGAGCACAAUAGCACAUGUAGAGGCCAAUGCCCAACUGCUGCAAGGUCAUGUGGACAACAUCAGCACCCUGGAAUGAGAAAAAACCGGCGGUGGCAUAGAGACAGCCGGCAUUCAGAUCCAAAGGGUAAAUGUGAACCUGGCCCGUGUGCGUUCUCAGAUCCUGAUGUUGAGAAUCUGUGCGCUAAAGGUCAAUGCAGGAGUCCAAAUGUUAACAAGAAAUUGGAAGAAAGUUGAUAUAAUAAAUGCCCUAAUCUCAGCAUUAGUUUUGGGUCAAGCCAGCUCUUUGAACACAAAGGUCCUGGGUCUCCAGAACAGUUUGCUGAAUAUUGGCAAGUUUCUCAAAAUCCAAAAAGACAUUCUCCGGAUGGUUUCUCAAGGCUGGAAGUAGUUCAAGGGGAACUUCUAUUACUUUUCUCUUAUACCACAGCCCUGGAAUAACGCCAGAAAGUUCUGUGUGUCCAGGAACUCACACCUGACCUCAGUAACCUCAGAGAGUGAGCAGGUGGGUGCUGUUCCUGUGGGCUCUGCAAAGGCGAGCUGGAUCAAGGAGGAUGAGAAAAUCAUGCUGUGGAAACAAAAACCCCACAAAAUCCGUGACCUAAUGAAGAAUGUCACACGAGUUAUCUACUGGAUUGGCCUGUACAAAGAAGGGAGUGACAGCAAAUGGAACUGGGUGGAUAAAACUCCAUUCGACAGGGUCCAAAGUUCGAGGUUCUGGAUGCCAGGUGAACCCAACAAUAUUGAGAACAAUGACAAUUGUGUCAAUAUAAAGGGAUCCUCACUUCAGUCCUGGAACGAUGCCUCCUGUGACAAAAUACUUCUUUUCAUCUGCAAGCGGCCCUCCAUCCCAUCAAAAUCAUGA